CCAUAUUCAAUAUUGGUGUCUUGACAAGUCACACCACGCCACACACUGCAGGCUGCCCAGCCUUGGCGUCGAAAUUUCAAAUCCAGCAUUUCUAGCCACUUAAGGCUAGCAAACAUUGCAUUUACUACUUCCUUUCGGUUCAUAGACCGACCAUGUCCCACAAACUGCCAGAGCAGUUGAGUGUCAAUCCUGAACUACCUCCUCCAGCAUAUUCUGCCCAUCCACAUAACUUGGGACCGUCAGGGCAAGUGCAAGGACCAAGUUCUCCCGGGCCCCAUGAACGAAUUCCUGGAGCUUACCCUCACCACGCCUCGUCUUUUUUCGGCUCAAACGCUACACCGUCAUUUAUACCACCACCACAUUUUGGGCCUACUCCUCUAUUACACUCUGACCCUACCCUAGGGCUGCUACCAUAUUAUGACCUGCGUUCUCCGUACGCUAUUGCAGAAGCCACAUCGCGUGCACGGUGGCGUUUCAUUUGUGCUUCUCUGUGGGCCACCGGUAUCGUCAUGUGGUUGGUCGCGGUCGGUGCAUUUGGAGGACUGCGAGAUAUAUAGCCGCCUAGCGUGGCUUCUGUACUUAUUUUGGCCGGCACGCGUAUAUUUCUCCAUGUAUGAUUCAUGGUUCUGUCCAUGUUUUACUGUCUUCUUUAGACAAAGGCUGAUCAUCAUCCUCAUUUGUAGAUGCUCUAUGUAAACAUAAUGUAUUUCGUACAAUACCCAUGGCAUUUUUACUGCACGCUGUGCAUUUCUUCUCUUUGGGGACGACUCACUCGGUUCCCCGGAGCAAUGCAGAAUCCUG